CGGAAGUGAACACGGGAGAAGUUGCAAACACCGCGUUCUACCUCAGCAGCUUCCUUCAAAGAAUCUACUUGUUCAUUCCAGCAACAUGCCGCACAUCCCGAUUUCGCCAGCGAUCCUCUACUGGGGCACACCCGUCGUGCUCGUCACCACGACGAAUCCCGCCCCCGAACCAAACCCCUCCUCCACUUCGCCAACGCAAAGGGCAGCACCAGCCAACAUCGGCCCCAUAUCCUCCGCCUGGUGGCUUGGCCAUUGCUGCAUGCUCGGCCUCGAUGCCUCGUCGGCCACCACGCAGAACCUGCUGUGCUCGCGCCAAUGCGUUCUAAACCUGCCGUCCGACGACAUGGCGCCCGUCGUCAACGCCCUGGCCCGCACCACCGGCACACCGAGCCUGCCUCCCCAUAAGCUCGCCAUGGGGUACCGCUACGAGGGCGACAAGUUCCGCGCGGCGGGUCUAACGCCCUUGCCUUCGUCGCUCGUCGCUCCGCCGCGGAUCGCACAGUGCCCCGUCGCCAUGGAGUGCGAGGUAGCGAAGGUGCAUACGUUUAUGGAGCAUGACGCGGAGCGCGCUGGAUUCGUGGUGGCGGUGGAGUGCAAGGUAGUGAAGAUUUGGAUCGACGAACGGCUGAAGAUGGAGGGGUAUAGGAAUAGGGUUGAUCCUGACUUGUGGCGGCCGCUGAUAAUGAGUUUCCAGGAGCUGUAUGGGCUGAGUGGGAGAAGGAAGGAUAGGGAGAGUGUGUUGGGCGCUGUGGAGGAAGAGAAUUAUAGGAUAUUGGCUGCUGGCAGUAGCGGCGAGGCUGAAGGGGAUACGAUCAGGUCUGGGUUUCUGCCGGAGGAGGGUCAGUAAAAGAGUGAUAUGACGUGCGCUGGUAGGAGAUGCUUGAGAUGAGGGGCUACCUUAUUAUAUCUCAUACUUGCAACUUCCCCGAGCAUAGCGAA